UCUCCAUACUAAUCUUUCACUCAACUCAUUUACCUGUUGUCAGUUUUUGUUUUGUUAAUUGUGUUAAUUAUCAGAGGUUUUAUUUCUAAUUGUUUUCUUUUUAAUUGUUUAUUUAGUUUCUAAGGUUCAACCAGUUAUGAGCGAAAUAACUUCAUUUCAAAUGGAAAAUGAUUGUGAUGAAUUUUCUGACACGUAUGAUCACGUAUCUGAGGAUUCGUUAACUGCAUUUGAGAGAUUAAAAGAUUCAAAAGUGAUCAUCACAGCGCAAGGAGAAAUCAAAGAGGAAGAUAUUAAUCAUCAUUUAUCUGUUACAAUUGUGAAUCUCCAGAAAAGUAUUGAAUCAAUAACAAGUAGGCUAAAGAAUUUAGAAUCCAGAGGAUCAUCGCAAAAAACUGGACUGUGGCCUUUUGAAAGCUCAACUACAACAUUCGCAUUUCUAUUGACCUAUCCAAUUAUAACCUAUUUAAUUAUGGACCGAAUUAAACAAAGAAAUGUCAAAUAAUCUUGAUGAUCAAAGGCCACACCAUUUCAAGAGAGGUUUUAUCAUUUGAUUCUAAUCAAAUGUCCAAUCUUUACUUUAGACAAUUAAGCAAUUCAACACAAGAUCAACAAUUGGCCCAUUGACCAAAAUCUAUUGACCAUUCUGAUCACAAUUUCCAAUUUAUAACAACUCAAACCAUUACUCUCACUUUUUUGUACUUGAAAAUUAUUAUUAUCUUAAUUGCGUUAACUGCUUAUAAUUAAUCGAUUAUAAUAGUUGUGAAAUAACCGAAACUCCUUUUUUUAAUCAAAUAAUCAAAUCAAUUAAAUGGAAAGAAAAGUAAA